AUGGCAUAUUUCCUCAUUUAUUUAGAUCUUCUCUUGGUAGUGUUUUAUAGUUAUCACUGUAGAAAUUUUACACAUCUCUUCUAGGUGUUCGAUAGUUCUUAAUUCUAAUUGUAGAUUCCUGUGACUUUUCCACAUAUAUAAUUGUAUUAUCUGUGAAUGAAGAUGUUUUACUUCUUUCUUUCCAAGGUUUAUGUCCCCUACCCCCCACCCCUUGCCUUACUGCACUAGCUGGGACCUUCAGUAUAAUGUUGAAUAGAAGUGAUGGUAGUGGACAUCUUUGUCUUGUUUGAUAUAUAAUAAAUUUAAAGAAAGUCCCUGUUUAUGUUCAAGGGAACAUAUGAGUUUACCUAGUUCAGUUGUUGACUAUUUUUCCUUUUUGUAGGCAUGGUGAAUGUAAAAGCAAACCCAAAGGUAAUUGACACAGGAGGAGGCUUCCUUUUGGAAGAGGAAGAAGAAGAGGAGCAUAAGAUUGGACAAGUUGUUCAUCAACCAGGACCUGUUAUGGAAUUUGAUUAUACAAUAUGUGAAGAAUGUGGGAAAGAAUUUAUGGAUUCUUAUCUCAUGAACCACUUUGAUUUAGCAACUUGUGAUAACUGCAGAGAUGCUGAUGAUAAACACAAGCUUAUAACCAAAACAGAAGCAAAACAAGAAUAUCUUCUGAAAGAUUGUGAAUUAGAAAAGAGAGAACCAGCUCUUAAAUUUAUUGUGAAGAAGAAUCCUCAUAAUUCACAGUGGGGUGAUAUGAAACUCUACUUAAAAUUACAGAUUGUGAAGAGGUCUCUAGAGGUUUGGGGUAGUCAGGAAGCAUUAGAAGAAGCAAAGGAAGUUCGACAGGAAAAUCGGGAAAAAAUGAAACAGAAGAAGUUUGAUAAAAAAGUAAAAGAAUUGCGGCGAGCAGUUAGAAGCAGUCUGUGGAAAAGGGAAACAGUUGCACAUCAACACGAGUAUGGACCAGAAGAAAAAAUAGAAGAUGACAUGUACCGGAAGACUUGUACUGUGUGCGCCCAUGAACUGACUUAUGAGAAAAUGUGAUUUUUAGUUCAGUGAUCUGUUUUACACUAUUUUAUAUUUAAAUAAAGGAAAUUUAGAUUGGUCCUAGGGAGUAUGAACUCAAAAUAAUUUUAAAUUCUAUUCAGAAUUCACCUAAAUGUAGAAGUCUUUGUAGAUGAAAUACUGUAUAGUGCUUCAGUAAUAAGUUAUGUACAUUAUGGCCUAAGAACAAGUUUCAGUUAAGGCUCAGGUUCGUUGUGGGCAGAAUGUUGGGUCUAUGAUUGCUGUUUCUGUAAUGGGUGAGGAGCUGAAUGGUGUAGAGUAUGUUCAAAAGUGGUAGGAUAGAGCUAUGAAUUGAGGGAAUAAGAGAUAAGUGCAGACUCUAGACUGCUAGGGUAGGAGGAAGAGCUUUAAAUAAAGGCAAAAGCUGGCUGAACUGGACUCCUGCGACAGCGUUAGCUGUGCUGGCGGAAUAAAAGCUGUUUAAAAGAUUACCACCUAGAAGUUGGGUAAACAGGAAACCACAUCCUGUCAGCAGAAAGUAAGGUUAGAACAACCCCUGAAUUACCACUUCCUGCUUAGUGUUUUUCUAGUCCCUUUCCGCUUCUUACAGGCUCCGCAUGUGCAGAACAAAGUAUGACCGCUGUUUGACUUCUCUUGGCCCACCAAAGGGGGCAAAGUAGUACAGAAGAUCAGUGUGCCUGGCCAUAUCCCAUAAUAAGUGAUGUCAAGGGCUGCUGAGGGGAUUUCAUCUUGAAUAUCAGCAGGUUCCAUCUUGGAUUCCAGAUGCGUGUGCAACCUAAUUAGUACGCAUUGCCAUUCCGCAAAGUACCCACCCCUUCAUAGAAACCCUGAAUAUUCAUUGCUCUAUUGUCUCUACCGCACUUAUAUAAGUCCUAGCCUUGCUUCCCCCUUUGAGUCAUUCUUUUGGAGCAGCAUGAACCCCCACUGACUCCUUUUACUUGUUACAAGUAAAAUAACCCUGUUAGAGCCAAACCCCAAAUCAUCUCCUCUGUGUAUUCUUACAAGAGAAAGACAAGGACCCAUGGAGUCUGGAGGGCCUCUGUGCUCUCAGCGGUAACACUAUCCCAAGAAACAAACAGGGAUGGUGGUAUACCCCUGUACCUCAGAGGCUGCGUCAGGUCUUCUAGGGAAUUUUUUCCCAAGACUAUGGAGGGAGUGGGGAGCUAUUGCUGGGAGAAGUCAUGACAAGUACCUGGAACAAAAAAAUGACUUGUGGGAGUCUAGUCAUGUUUUCAGACAUUAGUGUCUAGGCAGCCCUUUUCAAAUACUGGAUUAAAAUGGAAAGACAGCUACUGUCAAGGUUAAAUAUCUGAUUGUUGACCAAAGAAAGUACUCAUAAGUUUUAUCAUCACCACCACUAACAUUUACUGGAUUACCAACAUUUACCACAUGCCAGGUAAGCACUAUGCUAAGUGCCUCACAGGUAUUCUCAUGCAAUCCUGAGGAGACAACUUGCUUUUGUACUUAUUUAGCACUUACUAAGGGAAGGAAGUGACAUCACCUCACAUCACUCCAAGCAUUUGGAUCAAGUUUAGCUGAUCAAAUUUCCCUGUAUCUUGUAAAAAGAAUUACAGAGUAGUUACAGCUAGUAAAUAAUAGGAUUUGAUCCCAUGUGCUUGACUAUAGGGACUAUGUAUUUUUUUUGACAAAAAUUCAAGUUAAAACUAGGUAUUUUCAAGUUGUUCUUUAAUAAACUCUUUAUCCUACUGCUACAAAUAUAAGUAGGACGUUUAUACAUUUUUAUCUUUCAACCAGCUGUUGAUUAUUUUUGGAGAAAGGCAAAAGUCAAAAUAAGUCAAAUGAGAACAAUCAGGUUAGAGACUGUAAUUACUUUAUGUAAGUAUUCAAUGCAGAAAUGUUUAAUAUGUUUUUCAAGUGCUGAUUCUGAACAGGGACAGAAAAUAUUCCCUGGGACAAAAAAGCUUCCAUCUUGAUGACAGAAUAACAACUAGGGGUUUGGGCUGUACUGAGGAAGGGAUGAGCUCUUGAGCCAGAUGGUUCAAAUUCCACUUACUGGCUGUGGACCUUGGGCAAAUUACUCUAGGGGCCUGUUUUUAUCUGUAAAGUGGGCAGGACUACUGUGAAGAAUAAAUAUGGUGAGUUUAUAGCACCUGGCACUAAUAGCCACCAGUUAUUGAGCACAUAUUAACAUCAAGACCAAUAUAUUUAGUUUUGUCUAGUUGAGGUAUGUUUCUAUUCAUGCUUUACCACCAUCAAUUUUAGACAAUCCUGGUUUCCAGAUAUCACUGACAGCCCAAUCUGCUUUACCCAUGUUGGCAAGGUCUUUCCUUGUCUUUCAUUUUCAGAUGUAAUUAUACAUCAGUAAAUUAUACAAACCGCUGCUAAAUUCUUUCCAGGAAAACAAAAAACAAAAAAAUUAUCUUCAUUUUAAUCGCUGCAUGAAUAAUUCCUGGAGGGGAGAUGUGGAAUCAAGGAAAACAGAGUAUAUAUUCACUUUAUCAAAAGCAUAUUAAAUGGCAUCAGUACAUUUAACGGAAUAUUGAUUUAUUGCAAGGUGACGUGUAGUGACGUGCCAUCCUUUUGUCUGUGCGAGUUUCAUUACUGGGGAAAGUAACUGUUGAAUGUUUGCUCUUAUACUUUUAUUUCUUCCAAAUUCAAUCCCUAUUUCAGUUUUUCCAUAGGUAUAGGUUCAGACUGGGAUAGAGCAGGUCACAUCAGUAGAAGAACAGUUGUUAGGAGUAACCAUUACACAUGAAGAGAGGAUCCAAGAAAAAAGGAAAUGAAAACCUACAAAUCCCUCUAGAAUUUGGAUCAAGUACAACUAGCCAAACUUUGCAAUACAUUGCAAAAGGAUUAUAAUGCAGGUUAGGCUCAAAUUAAAAGUUGUCAACAACUUAAAUGAUUAUCUUUUGAUUCUCUGAGGACAGGAGCCAUUUCUAAGUAACUACAUAGUUUGUGCUGUGCUUACGCAAUGGGAAGGAGGGACAUAUAAACAAAAGAACAUUUAGCCAAGAACCUGGGUUUUAGUCCCCUUUCUGCUAGUAACCUACCAUGCAACUUUGAUCUUGUGAAUAAUUAUUUCUUGUCUUAGAUGGUAUGGUAUUUAAAAAUCUUAGGAAUUCCCAUCUAUUGAGUGGACUAUAUUCUGUAGCCAAUCGAAUGUAUGGUAAACCAAAAAGACCAUAUAUGGAAAAUGCUUAAUGCAUCAUAAGCUUAUAAUGUAUUGAGUAAAAGAAGAUACGUAUGUUGGAAGCAAACAAAAAUACUACCAGUAGUUGUGGGAUUACUGGUAAAGUUUCUCUAAAGCUUAAUGAAAGAAGUAAAAAAAUUCUAGAAAUCUGGAAUGUCAGAUAAUCCCUUACACUUAUAUAUUGUUUUACAAAACAGUCUCAUAUCUUAUUUAAGCCUCAAAACCAUGUAGGAAUUAGUAGUUACUGGGACCAGAUUUCAUAGAAACAAAAUUCAAACCCACAUCUAAUUCCAAGUAUAGUUUUAGUCAGUCUGGCUACCCCAAGUUCCACUUCAACCUGUAUACGACCUUCAGAGGCUAGGAGAAAUGAUUGGAUGCUCUAAGCAGGGCUUGGAACCAGUUCAUUCUGGUUUGAACCCCUGCUGAUAAUUUACCUUUUUAACAAGUUCCCAAGCAAUGCUAAUGCUGCUGGUUAGGGACCAGUUCUGAGAACCACUAGUAGAGCAGUGAUUCUCAAAAUUUAUUAUACAUAAGAAUAAACUGGGGAUCUUGUGAAAAAUGUAGAUUCUGAAUCAGGAUACAGUUACGAACGGCUGACUUAUAGACAACUCGUACUUGCUCUUUUCUGUUAUGUAAAUUUGCCCUCACUAUGAAACACCAACUCCUACUUGCAACAAAUUCUUCAUCACAAUCACCUUCACUUGCUGCACGUACAGCUUUUAAAUCAUUGAAAAGGCUAGAGCCUUUUCUUGCACUAAAGGCUAAAUGAUAACUGUAUGCACCUGUUCCAACUUCCCUAAAAAUGUGACUUAACAGUUAGGAACUGAUCUCAUUCAUAACCCAGGGACUGCAUGCAUCUGGGGUGGAAAUGCAAAUUCUCAGCAAACCGGUUAGAAGCUCUGGCUCUAAUACCAAAAAAAAAAAUACCACCUAAAAACCAAACCUAUUGCUGGACCCUAUAGGACAGAGUAAAACCGCCCCAUAGGGUUUCCAAGGCUGUAAUCUUUAUGGAGACAGACUGCCACAUCUUUCUCCCAUGGAGUGGCUGGUAGGUUCAAACUGCUGACCUUUUGGUUAGGAGCUGACCACUUGAACCACUGUGCCACCAGGGCUCUGGCUCUAAGACAGUGGUUCCAAAACUUGUCUGCCCAUUGGAAUCACCUGGGGAGCAUUAAGGACUACUGUAUUGAUGUCUGCGUCCCACUUGCAGAGAUGGUGGUUUAAUUUUUAAAAUAGUUUUUAGAAGAUUCCCAGGUAAUUCUAAUAUUCAGACAAAUUUGGGAACAACUGCUCUUAAGUAGUUAUAUACUAACAAAGUGUCAUACUACUUGAAAAUACUCUGAAAACAAAAUUUCAAGUGAAGAUAAAUACAUCUUCAGUAAGAAAUUACCAAUUUUAAAGUAGACUGAUGAUAAAUCAUGAAAUACUAAAGUUUAAAAAACAUAGUUUUAUUCAGCCAUGUUAGGUUAUCCAUGAGAUGUGAAAAGCUAUGCUACUUGGUAAUAAAUCCACCAGUUCUAUACAUUACUUUGUAAGCUUGACCUCUAGUGUUUGACAUACUUCAAAUCAGUUUUUUUUUUUUUAAUGCCUUAAGAAGAGAAAAUACCAAAUUAGUCAGAAAAGCUGUACCGUCACAUAUAAGACAUCUCAUGGUCAGCGUCACAUUACUGUCAUUAGAAAAUCAUUUGCUUUUUAGGGGCAAUUAAAGGUAAUCAACUUAAUGAUCCUCACUGUCCUCCUCCCCCUUUGUUUCAUUUAUUAAGUGAAAGGAUACUACAAGAAAGCAAGCAUUCAAACCAUCAAAAACAAGACAAAUUAUUUUAAGAUAUUAAAAAAAAUUCUUGACAUGAGGGUAAAAAUGACCCUUAGGCCUGCAGGGCACAGAAUUGCUGGAACACAGCCAGGAUAUGAGGGUCUAAUUCAGCAGUGAAGAGGAGGUUCUCCAGGGUCACCAUGUACUGCUGGAUUAUUUGGUGAUGCUGUGGACAGAGAAAAGGCUGUUUAGUCAGGAGAAAGAGCACAUAAGCAAUCUUACAGAACACUUCCUUCAGUAGGGAGGAAAAAAAAAAAAAAAA